CACGUCGUCGCAAUAGAGGAGAGGCCAGAGAGCAGAGCUGUGCUGUCCAUUAGAUUAGCUAGGAUCACCACCAAAAAGAAGUCCCCUUUAAACUUCAACUCUCCUUUCUUCAACCCCUCGCGACUCCGACUCAAUUCGACGACUCUGCCUUUUCUUCUACUCAACGAAGCUACAUCUCUUCUUUCGCGGCAUCUAAUUUUAAUAACUCCCCUUUCUUUUCCACAUACACACACAAUAUGUCCGACCAGGUUCAAGAGAUCCUCGAGGUUCCCUCCGAGUUCGUCAAGGACGGAGUUCAAUUCGUGCGACGAUGCACCAAGCCUGACCAGAAGGAGUUCCUACGACUCUGCCAGGCUGUUGGCGUUGGUUUCCUCAUCAUGGGCGCUGUUGGCUACGUUGUCAAGCUGGUGCACAUUCCCCUCAACCACGCUCUCGUCGGUAGCGCAUAAACGAUCACACGAUCAGGCGAUGAAGAGAUUAUGGAUAGUGGCGACUUGACAAUCCAAAAACCCGCACGGCGGGGGUGGACGCGAGGGCGAUCACAACAAUUUUCUUGCUGCGAGUACGUACACUGGGGCGGAGUUAAAUGAAAUUAUGGCGGGCACGCGACACACUUCUUACGCUGGAAUUCGAUCGAGCGCCGUGAGGAUGAGAAGGAUGUGCUUUCACGUCUAAGGCGCGGUUUGCAUGGGGUUGAGAGGUAUCCUUUACAAGACUGCUGGCUAAGGUGACCAAUUGUACAAAAUAUAUCCAAUGUUGUUUCUUGCAAACUUGAUCUAACGCACUCCAUAUGUUGAGUUCUGAUAUAGCUCAGGUUGUUCCUUGAGCAAGUGGUUGACACUCUGGCCCAUCGGUGGUUCUCCUUCAUCAUCCACGUUGUCGUUAUACGAAUGUAGCGUGCAUGUUCCUCUUGCCAUGUUAUACCCAUUCCAAGCAGACGC